GGCCCACAUCCCCUUCUCCUUCAUUAUACCAUAUCUCCUUCCUUCCUCAUCAGAACACAUAAACCCUUAAUUCUCUCUUCCUCUUCUUCACCAAGAAACGAAGAAAUGGCAACUCUAACACCAGGAAUCCUUCUUAAGCUCCUUCAAUCUAUCAACUCCAACAGCAGAGUUUCCGGCGACCAUCGAUCUCCACUUCUACAAGUUAUCGGAAUAGUUCCAGCUCUUUCAGGUUCCGAUUUAUGGACAAAUCAAGGAUUCUUUGUUCAACUUUCUGAUUCACUCAACUCUACUUACGUCUCACUAUCCGAAAGCGAUACAGAUCUCAUCCUUGCUAAUCGGUUGCACCUAGGUCAGUUUAUCUACGUUGAUCGUUUCGAAUUCGAUUCGCCUGUCCCUCGCGCGUCUGGAAUUCGCCCUAUUUCUGGUCGUCAUCAGUUCGUUGGAACUCCUGAACCUCUUAUCGCUAAGAUUUCAUCAUCAACUCGCGAAUUCACCAUUCACUCUGAAUCUGACUCUGGUUCUGGAUCUUCGAUCGAUCCGGUUGCAGCGAUGUUAGAGAGUAAGAAAUCGGAAGUAGCGAAAUCGGAAGGUAAGAAUGAUAAGUAUUUCAGUAGACGUGUUUUAACUCCAAGAGAAAACAAUGUUUCUGAAGCUACUAGAGAAGAUGAAUCGAAGAGUUCUGAUAAACCUAAUAGGUUUUCCUCUCCAUGUACGGCGAAGCAACAAAGAUCUUUAUCUGUAGGGAAAAAGAUUCCACCGACUAUGGAGAAAAGAAGAGAUCCUUCCCCUUCUGUACAGGUGAAGAGAUCAGCUUCACCCGUUCCACCAUCUAAAUGCGUUGUGCCGAGUUUAGCUGCAGCUCGGGAAGAGAAUCGAAAAACUUCAAGAGAGGCUGCGAUUAUCGUUCCUUCGCGGUACAGACAGCCAUCGCCAAAUGGGUCUCGUAGACAAGGAUCCCCUACUCCAAGAAGAAUGUCUAAUUCACCUGCUAGAAGGCUAUCAGGUGGAUUGAAGAGUGUUUCUGAUUCUUCAACUAAGAAGAAAUUGGCUAAUGUUACUCCUGGAAUUUCAAAGGCAUCGGAAGCAAUUAUUGGAUCGGCAAAAGUGAAUAGGAAGAGCUGGGAUGAAUCAUCACAUGCCAUUGAAGAUGAACAGAAAGAGAAAACAAAUACAAAGAAUAAGCAACUGGAUAUUCAAGCUAUUUUGAGGACUCAGGCUGCAAUCUCUAGGCGUCUAAGUGAUGUGAAUGAUCACAAGCCUUUUCAAUAUGAUUCAGACGGCAAUCAAAAAGAAAAGUCAUCUCCGGUCAUCACAGUUCAUGAAAAGAAAUGGACUGAUGGUAGUAUUUCUUUAGACUCAACCAUCUCUUCUAACCUUGCUAGACUUGGAAAGGAUGCUAUGAAAAGAAGAGGUGUAAGUGCUACAGCUGCAGCCGAAGCUCUGGAGGAAGCAAUUGCAACUGAAUCUAUUAUAAGAUGCUUGAGUAUGUUUUCAGAUCUUUGUUCUGCAUCAAAGGCAGCAAACCCAUUACCCACAAUUGAUCGAUUCUUUACAAUUUAUGAUGAAGUAACGAAAGCAACAACAGUUUCUGAAUUAGUUUUCAACAGCCGCACCCACAUUAGCCAAAGCGAGGAUAUUGUCUCAGUGGUGGAUAAUUCAAAAUCCUCUUUUUCUCUUUGGGUGGAAGCUGCUCUGGCUACUGACCUUGAAAUAGUAUCUCUUCUAACUGACCAGAACAUUCUUCCUCGGGCUUCUACAACACAGAAGAAGGGUUCCUUAAGACGACAAUCUAUUAGCAGCAGGAACACAACUGCGACACCUUCGGAUUCUGCUGCUGGUAAAUGGACAAGGGGAUAUGGGAUGAACGAAAAUGUGGAACUUGGGAAGAAUUUGCAAACGGAGAUGCAAAAAUGGUUUCUGAAGUUUGUGGAAGAAUCGCUUGAUGCUGGUUUCCGUGUGUUUGACAAGUCGCCGUCGUCGUCGCCUUCGUCUGAUGGUGGUGGGUCUGACCGUGGAAGACCACUUGCUGCGAUCUUGUCCCAGCUAAAGAGGGUGAACGACUGGUUGGAUCAUGUAAUAUUGAAAAGGGAUCAAGUGCUUUCUCAAAAGAUUGAGCAGCUUAAGAGGAAGAUUUAUGGAUUUGUUAUCCAGCAUGUUGGCACAACUCUCAAUUAAUUUUUUAUGUGUUUUUCUAUUCUUAUUUUCGAUCUAUCCUUGGUUAGUCAAUCAGUUAUUUGAUUGAUGAUUAUCUAUAACUACAAAUUUUAAAUUAAGUGACAUCUUUGUUCUUGUGCU